AUGGUCAAAAUCGACACGUUUGCUGUGGAGCGAUGGAUGGACCUGUAUGAAAAUGAUGCCACGCAAAAUCUCGCCGAGACGUGUCGUGCGUCUGUCUCUCUGCAUGAUCUCCAGGUGUUAUCUGGCUCUGAAACGGAUCUUAUAGACUAUUCGCAGAAACAAGUCUAUGGUGCCAUCCGGGGGUCUAGCGUUCUCAGGUCGAACAUUGCCCGGCUGUACUCGUCAAGAACCUCCGAUCCUCUGCGCCCGGAAGAUAUCCUUGUCACAAAUGGUGCGAUUCAGGCUAAUUUCCUGGGCUUGUAUACAAACGUUGGCGUUGGAGAUCAUGUUAUUUGCCAAUAUCCCACGUAUCAGCAGUUGUACUCUGUGCCUCAAUCUUUAGGGGCAGAGGUCAGUCUGUGGAAGUCCUCUGAAGACCAAGGCUGGCAGUUGGAUGUGCAAGAGCUGGAAUCCAUGAUCAAGCCCAACACGAAGCUUAUCAUUCUGAACAAUCCACAGAACCCGACUGGUGCGGUCCUUGAUCGAGAGAUGCUGCAAGCUAUCGUCGAGGUCGCCCGCCAACAUGACCUGAUUAUUCAUAGCGACGAAGUCUACCGGCCACUUUUCCACUCUCUUAACUCCAAUCAACAAGAUGGUCCACCCUCAAUCCUUGAUCUAGGAUACGACAAGGUUGUUGCAACUAGCUCCAUGUCCAAGGCCUUCAGUCUGGCUGGGAUUCGGGUGGGCUGGAUUGCCUCACGAAGUCCCGCAAUGAUUGAAGAAUUUGCUUCUGCGCGCGACUACACAAUCAUCUCUGUUGGACAGCUUGAUGAUCGCGUGGCUUCUCACACUCUGUCCAGCCCAACAGUCGACAACUUGCUGGCACGCAAUUAUCAAUUGGCGCGGCGAAAUCUUGAGGACUUACAAGCUUUCGUCCGUGAAUUUGCGUGGACCGUGUCGUGGACCAGGCCACAAGCCGGCACAACUGCUUUCCUCAAGUUCGCAAAAGAAGGACAGCCAGUGAAUGACGUGAUUUUGUGUGAGAGGUUGAUGGAGACUCAUGGAUUGAUGUUAGUUCCGGGAAGUCUGUGUUUUGGAAACGGACGUGACUUCAGAGGAUAUGUAAGAGUUGGGUAUGUCCCCGAACGCGAGGUCAUGCUGGAGGGCCUCAAAGCCCUACGAAGCUUUAUGCGCGAGUGGUAUGAGCACAUUCCGGUGCAAUCAUCCUCAGCAUGA